AUGACCUGCGUGCUGGCACAGCACUGGGCGGUGCCGCCCAUCGUUCCUGCGGAUGCCCCACUCGCGGACGGGUUCAGUGCGGACAGAACACGAGAUGUCUUGCACGACCUGGCUGCAUGUGGCCCGAAGUACGUCGGGGCUGAGGGCAACGAGGUAUGCGCCGUCGAGGCAGUUCUCAAGCAGAUUGCGAAGUCGUCCAAAGGCCGAGAAUCAAGGCUGACGUUGGAGACACAGUCUGCUUCCGGCCAUUUCUAUUUAGACUUCAUUGGAGGCUUCACAGUGGCCUACCGAAACCUUACAAAUUUGGUUGCACGAGUUCGCGGCCAAAGACCUGGCUGUGCUUUGCUUAUCUCUUCCCACUUUGACUCAGCUAUCGGAUCUGUGGCAACAUCGGACGCCAACGCGGAGAUUGCCAUAAUGACCGAUUUGCUGCGCUUGUUUCUGCAUGAUCCUCCGGAUGUUGACGUUAUUUUCAACUUCAAUGGUGGUGAGGAGUUUAUUAUGCCUGCUGCGCAUGGCUUCGUGACCUCCCACCCGUGGGCUCCAGAGAUCUGCGCGCAGGUCAACCUAGAAGCUGCAGGGUCGGGAGGCCGUGAGCUCCUCUUCCAGGCGCUUGCGAAUUCUGGGCGGCUGUCUCACUGUAAGAUGCCACUGGUAGCCUUCGGCUUUAUGACAGGCAUCGUUCCUGGCGAAACAGACUACCGAGUCUAUCGAGACUUUGGAAACAUUCCAGGAGCGGAUUUUGCCGUGCUGACCAACGGCUGGAUCUACCACACCUGGCGUGACGAUAUAGCCCAUCUCGACUUUCGCUCAGUUCAGAGGUAUGGAGACACCAUCAACGAGUUCGCACGUGGCUUAGCCAAGAAGCUCCGCAACGGCCGGCCCACAGGAAGUGACGUGACUGACUCGGCGGUGUUCUUUGAUAUCGGGGGCGUCUUCUUUGUCGAGUACUCCGCAGAUCUUGCAAGGAAACUACACGUCGCAGCUGCCAUCGUCGUGCUCUCCAGCUUGCUGCUCAGGCGCGGAGUUGCGGCCUACGGAGUGAUCUUGAAAGCUGCGGCGAAGCUCUUCAUGGCCUUUCUAUCAUCGCUGCUUGCAGCCGCAAUUACGGGCCUUUUAGUGGCUUUCACGCCGGCAGCGCUUGCCGGCUCGGGGCACCCAGAGCUUGCCCCGCUGCUGUUUGUUCCCCCUGCGCUGGCGGCGUUUUUAGGCUGCCUGAAACUGCUGGGCCGCGACGAGGACAUUGUUGAAGAAGGCUCCAUUGCGCUGGGCGCGCUGCUCUGCCUGGGCCUCUCGCUGAGCUCUGUGGCCGUGCUGGCAUCUUAUCCGUUCCUUCUUUGGUCCGCACUGCCCGCGCUGGCGGCAUUCUGCCCUCGGCCGAUGCGUGCAGUUUCAACCACAGCAGCUUUUGUUCUGCCAUGGCUACUUCACCUGCAGUUCCUUGUUUUGGCCUUGGAUCUGCUCUGCCCUCUCACUUUCAGAAGUGGAACCUCUGUCCCUGGAGAUGUUGUCAUUGGGGCCACGUUUGGCCUGAUGACUGGUCUUUUCUUGGCGCUGUCGGCGCGCUUCAUCUUGCCCAUUCCUCACUGGGCCACAAAGAUGCUGUGCCUCAUCACCUUCGUCAUGGCCUUUGGUCUGGCGUUUUGGAUCUUCCCAUACAGCUUCGACCGUCCCAAGCGCAUUAUCUAUCAGCAUACUGCGCGCUCACAGGUCACGUGGAGUAUGGAGGCAGAUGGGACAGCCAAAGCGCACUGGGAGCCCAUGGAGAGUGGGAUCUGGACGGCCUCCCAAGACUGGAACAAUGUGGAUACUAUGCGAAAGUUCGCACCUUAUGGCUUGCCGAGCGGCUCGAAAUGGCACAACAACAGCAUGGGGCUGUACGGCCAAGUGCCGUUUCCCUUCCCGCUGAAAUGGCUGACCCUCGGCGGAGCUUGGGCGCAGAGACCUCCGCCGGAGAUUCCAGUUCCUAUUGCCGUACAGCUUUCAUCUCUUCCCAACACCGAUGCAGGAGGUGAGAGCUUGCGCAGUGUAGACAUCUCCGUGUCUGGCCCUCCCAACAUGAUGCUCGUGCUGGGACCUUUGUCCUCUAUCAAGGCCUGGUCCUUUGGGCGCUAUGCCACUGUGGCGGAUGCCGCAGACCUCCAGCUUGCUGUUGAUAUGGGUCAACUACCGAAGCAGCUGCCCUUCAAGCGUAUGGACUGCGACUGCAUGUUCCUGCUCUUUGCAGAAGGCGGUAGAAGCCCGAGCAACGGCCGAGCCGAAGCUUUCAACUUCACGGUGUCGGCGUCUCUGGGUGAGUUGGACAUGGACAUUUGGAGCCUUAACUUGGAGAAGUCCAGUCCGGAGCUAAAGCACGAGGAGGAGCGAACUCCGAGUUGGGUGAAUUUCUAUGGCUGGACAGCAGAACUGCAGGUGCACCGGAUGCUGCUGUGA